AUGGCUUUAACUGCAUGGAUCAGCCUGUGCCUGGCCGGCCUGGCCCUGCUCGUCUCCGCGGAGGAGAAGCCCACGAACACGGUCUCCGUGUCGCCUGGAUCCCCGGUGAUCCAGAGCAACACGAUCCAGAAGCUGAUCAAGAUCCUCGAGAAGUACGGCCUGGAGGAGCAGAGGGGCCUCAAGAGGGUCUACUUGAGCAACCGAUCCAUCACCUGCAACGAUGGCUCCCAGGCUGGCUUCUACCUGAGGAAGUCUCACGGCUCCAAGCGGUGGAUCAUCUUCCUCGAGGGUGGCUGGUACUGUUACGACCACAGAAGCUGCAGAAACAGAUGGCUAAGGCUGCGCCAUCUGAUGACGUCCACGCAAUGGCCCGAGACUCGGGACGUUGGAGGACUGUUAUCCGCGAAUCCUGAGGAGAAUCCUUUUUGGUGGAAUGCAAAUCACGUAUUCGUGCCUUACUGUACGAGUGAUAGCUGGAGCGGUACCAGAGCGUCGCCAAACGAUAUGUUCUCCUUCAUGGGAGCCGAGAUCGUCUCGCAGGUGGUUCGCGACCUGAUACCUCUUGGUCUUGAAAACGCCAGCUCCCUUCUUCUUGCUGGAAGCAGCGCGGGUGGUACCGGAGUCAUGUUAAACCUGGACCACGUACAAAACCUCGUCCACCAUGAGUUAGGUCUGAAGCACAUCGCCAUCCGCGGUGUCAGCGACUCUGGUUGGUUCCUAGACAGAGCUCCGUAUUCCCCGAACGGACUUCCGCCCACGGAUGCUGUUAGAAAAGGAAUGGAACUGUGGAAGGCUCGGAUGCCUCACAAUUGCGUGGCCAGGCAUCCUCACGAACCUUGGAGGUGCUACUUUGGUUACCGAUUGUAUCCAACCCUAACCGCGCCACUCUUCGUCUUCCAAUGGCUCUUUGACGAGGCCCAAAUGACGGCAGACAACGUCGGGGCGCCAGUGACGAAGCAACAGUGGGACUAUAUUCACAAAAUGGGUGACAGCCUUCGACAAACGUUCGAAAAUGUCACGGCAGUCUUUGCUCCCAGCUGCAUCAGUCAUAGCGUUCUGACGAAGAGGGAUUGGCAGCUCGUCAAGGUGGACGAAGUGUCGUUGCCGCAAGCCUUGCAUUGUUGGGAGCAAGUGCCUCUCGGGAAUCACCGAAACGAUACGCAUUCACAAAUCGAGACGAAUCAACCUUGCGCGAAAUCGGCAAGGAAGUUGCUGCGAUCAGGGCCCACGAAAGGAAAUGAAACGGUUGUCGAGUUUGCAGAGAAGACUGGCAAGAACAGUACUUCGGUGGAUCCGAAGCGUAACGCGUCCGUUGAUGCCAGUACGACGGAAGUUCGUAAAGGAGACAACGGAUCCACCGAAGGAAAGGGGAACAAAAAGCGUCGAAGGAGGAAACACAAAGGUCGAAAAAGAGAGAGAAAUAAGGAGGGAAGACCGAAAAAGGAGAAACACGAACGACGGAAAGGUGGCCGACGCCAAGGUGGCAAGCACAGCGGAAACAAUCACACCGCCAUGCUGAACGGCACGAGAUCGCAACGUUCCGUAAUACCGUCCAGUAAACGAAAAUGCGUCCAAAGCUGCCAAUUCCGACUGAUCGAGAGGUGCACUUGGCCGCAGUGCAACCACAGUUGUCCAAAGCUGCACAACCCCUUCACCGGCGAGGAGAUGGACUUCAUCGAGCUGCUGAAGAGCUUCGGCCUGGACAUGAAGAGCGUGGCGAACGCCCUCGGCAUCGACAUCCAGACCCUGAACAACAUGGACCACGACGAGCUGCUGAACUUGUUGACUCAACAAGCGAACUAGCGGUUCCAUAUUCCAGCACAAGCUGCCAGGAAAAGCCGUUUGGAAUUGUUCAGGAGGUCGUGGAGGCCAUCCUCGAGGCCGAUGGAAUUGAAUCUCGCCCGGUUGUGUUUAGCGAAGUGUUGCAGGACACUCGUUGCGUCUUCUGCGUUUUCUCCGUCGUCGACGAUCCGACGCGCAGAUUUCAAUUUCCGUCCCUAGGACUUCUCGGCGAUUCUCGGUUCGCUACGUGCGUCAACGACUCGGCGGUAGAAGCGAGGUUCCUAGCGAAGUCACCGGAGAAAGUUUCGUAACCGUUUCAACGA